ACACAAAUAGGUUGGAUGAAAACAGACAAGGGGAAAGAGAGCCGAAGAGGAGGAGGAGAGAGAAAAAAAAGCAAACGCUGAGAAAUCCAGCCUGUCUCCGGCUGUGGCCAUUUUCUUCAAUCAUAAUUUGAUUUGUGGACUCUGAAGAGAGAGAGAGAGGGAGAGAGAGAGAGGGAGUGAGAGAGAGGGAGAGAGAGGGAGAGAGAGAGAGGGGGGAAGAGCAGCACCCGUCCCUUCCACCCCCACCUCCUGUUUGCCUGAGCCAUAGGGAAAGGCUUCACACACACAUACACACGGACGAAAAGCAGCACACAGGGCUAGGCCGCAAGUCAUUAGUUCUUGGUGGGCAAGCACUGACAAAAGGCUGGAGGACACAAGCCUGCAUGAGUGCCUGGAGAGCAAGCACAGGAACUAUGGAGGGCUGAGCACACGGACGCUCUCCUGCUUUCUUGAUUUUUUGUUUUGGUAAAGGAAGCAGCACGGAGGAUAUCGUCACAACCGAGCACUCGUGCUUCAACAAGCAGGGUCGACAGAGAGACAGAGAGAGAGAGAUCACUUCCUUGUGUUGAGGAUCUACAACAACCGGUGCUGCUGCAGCUGGAGAAGAAGAAGAAGCCCGUGGCCACAUGAAAGUGACGUGUGGACAUCAACUUGUUUUUGCCUGAUGUGGAAUGUCUUCAUUGUGGGUCACUAUGCUGCUGCUGCUGCUGCCGCUGAGAGGAUUACAGCAGAAUAGGAGAGCUGUGUCUGCACUCUCAGCCUCGCUGCAUGGAAGGAAGAUCUAGAGCGAGAAAAGGAUUUAUUUUCCAGCGAGGGAGACACAUUAAGGUGUAAAGGGUGAGACCGGGCAGCCAUCGAGCAGACGCCUCUUUAACCAUCUCAGGAAUCGGUCCAAAGAAAAGGACAAAAACAUCACACAGAGGCUACCAGCUGGAGAAGAAAACAAGAAAAGGGGGAAUUAAAAUCCACAGGCAUGCAAAAGUUGCCACACUGAGACUGUUUCCAGGUCAUAGUGGAGUGGGAGGAGACUGAACUGCUCUUGUUUUUUCUGCCAGACACCCUCCUCCUCAAUGCUGUAGCCUAUAUUUCUUUUUCUUUGACAUCUGCUUGUUUGGCCUGAGGACUUUUAUUUUCUCUCUUCUGCCGCUGCUUUAAAAUAAUAAUUAAUAGCAAACAGGAAAUAGUAAUUCUCUGCAGCCAGGUGAAGGGAAACACACUCUGGACUUUUUAAAAUAUAUAUAUAUAUUUAUAUUUAUGUUACCUUGACAGUAGCCAGACAUCUUGGGCUGCCUGUCCCAUUUUCUUCUUCGGUGGUUCGGUAACCAAGCGAUGGCCAUGGUGAGUGGGGGCUGGGGAGAUCCCAAUGGGGGCACAAACGGGUUGGGGGACAAGAGCUACCUGAGGGGGGAGGAGGAGGACGGCUCUCCGCAGGCGGGAGGCAGCGACAUGGAGGCCGGCGACGAUGACAAGUCCUGCGUGGUGGACUGCGUGGUGUGCGGGGACAAGUCCAGCGGGAAACAUUACGGCGUCUUCACCUGCGAGGGCUGCAAGAGCUUCUUCAAGAGGAGCGUGCGACGCAACCUCAGCUACACUUGCAGGUCGAACAGAGAGUGUCAGAUUGACCAGCACCACAGGAACCAGUGCCAGUACUGUCGACUGAAGAAGUGUUUCCGUGUUGGCAUGCGCAAAGAAGCAGUUCAACGCGGUCGCAUCCCACCUCAGCCGAGCCUCAGCCCCUCCAUCACGCCCAUAGGUGGCGCCAGCGGCCUCGGAGGUGGCGACUUCUAUAACAACAACAACGGAGGGAGCGGCGGAGGUCAGCCGGUGUCCGAGCUCAUUUCCCAGCUGCUGCGAGCCGAACCGUACCCCAGCAGUCGGUUUGGACACCAGUACAACCAGCAGACGGGUCCGGAUAACGCCAUGGGGAUCGAUAACAUCUGUGAACUGGCUGCCAGGCUACUCUUCAGCACCGUGGAGUGGGCCAGGAGCAUCCCUUACUUCCCAGAGCUGCCUGUGUCAGACCAGGUGGCCCUGCUGAGGCUGAGCUGGAGCGAGCUGUUCAUCCUCAACGCGGCCCAGUCGGCCCUGCCGCUCCACAUGGCUCCCUUGUUGGCCGCGGCCGGCUUCCACUCCUCGCCCAUGUCUGCGGAGCGCGUGGUGUCCUUCAUGGACCAGGUGAGGGUGUUCCAGGACCAGGUGGACAAGCUGACCAGGCUGCAGGUGGACUCGGCUGAGUACAGCUGUCUCAAGGCCAUCGCACUGUUCUCACCAGACGCCUGUGGCCUGACAGACCCAGUCCACGUGGAGUCUCUGCAGGAGAAGGCUCAGGUGGCUCUGACGGAGUACGAGAGGAUGCAGUACCCCAGUCAGCCUCAGCGCUUCGGACGCCUGCUCCUGCGCCUCCCGGCCCUGCGCGCCGUUCCCGCCAGCCUCAUCUCGCAGCUCUUUUUCAUGCGCCUGGUAGGAAAGACACCCAUCGAGACGCUGAUCCGUGACAUGCAGCUCUCCGGAAGCUCGAUCAGCUGGCCGUAUGUCCCGGGACAGUAGCCCCCCUUUCUGACGAGGUCUCCGCCUGGGAUUAGUGACGACAAGCACCCACAGGAAACCUCCUGACUCAUCACUAUCCAUCUGUGUGGUUAGCAAACUGCAGUGCCAGCUGGCCGUCAUAUGUACUGUACUGUAACCGCUCUAUUUCCCCCUCAUGAAAUGUCUCCACGCGGGCCUCCAGUGAAGAGAGGAGCCCGUGCCAGGAUGGAUCUGUCUUGUUGCCAGCCCAGUCGUUCUGGUGCCAGGUCUCAGGCCAGAGAGCAGCUUUUCAUGCUGGGCUCCGAUAUGGACACCACAGCCAGUCAUGUCACCACCCACAUGCCAUAGUGACUAAAGACGCUACAGUUUCAUGUAGAGGGCAGCAGCACCCUGCUACAAAUACAUCGGGAGGACAAAACUGUCCCGCCGCUGAAAGUCAGCAGAACUGUUUUUCCCCACACUGGGCUCAUUUUCCACGGCUCACCAUUUGUGAUACAGUGACCUUUUUAUCCACACAAACAUUACGAUACGGUAUCAUGAUUAGAUUGGAUCUAACUGACCAGUGGUGAACUGAAUAAGACAAAGAGAAGGCUUCGUUGUUGAAGAGAAACACAACAAACUGAUAUGAAACGGAACAGAGGGAAAAAUAAAACCAAGGAAAAACCACCAAAGUCUAUCAUAUCAUCCUCAGAGAUGCUUUUCAAACAGAGUGAUUAGUACACAAAGCAGAGAGAGAGAGAGAUGAACGGACUCUUGUAACUGCCUGACCAUCAAGUCAACAAUGCAUUUAAAUUCAUUCACAGGGCUCACUGUUGUUGUAGUUGAUUUUUCAAGAAAAAAAGAAAAAAAAGCCACAGUUACAUGAGAGUGGACUAAUACCUCACUAGACAUCAGAAUGCUUCAGUCUGAUAUUUCCUAAACACAAACCUCUGUAAAUGUUGUUCACCAGAAACCGCCUUCUUUUUGACAACUGCCUUGUUAUUAUUCAUUAUGAAUUUGGGACAAAUAUGAAAUAUGAAACGAGCAUCGCAAACAUUCGUCUUGUAUCUUUUUGAGAAAAAGAUCCCCAAUGUGAUUUUUCACUUGUGUUUUGAAUAUGAGUUCUGACUGAAUAAGGUGAAUUCAGCGAUUAAACGUCGUUUGGAUCAAGCUUUUUUUUUUUAUUAUGGAGAAACGGCAGGCUACAUCAACUCGGGUUCUAGUAAAACAACUCAAGAUAUAUGAAUUAGUUAUAGUUGGUGGUGAGAGAGUUUAUAACCAACACUACUAAUUAAAUACCAGUUUAUGUUGAUCAGUGCUGUUUCUAGGGGUACAACCCCCUUGAAAAUGUAUUGAAAUGUAUAUAUAUUGAGGUCAACUUUGUCUUUUUGCAUGUUCAAAUGUUGUUUUGGAUCUCUGCUAAGUGGAGACUGUUUCAUUAUUUUACAUUAUGUAAUUCAAGGUUCAUUUAAACAUUUAAAUAUUGCUUUCACUGUUAGCUCCUAAAUGUUUUUUUCUAUAUGUAUUUACAUGAAAAUACCUCUGUCAUCUGUUUAGAUGUCAAAAAGAAGCUUAUCUUCAUGCCAUUACAGCGGAGAUGACUUUGAGACGCUCUGAGUGAGUUUCUGCUGUUGUGAGACGAUACUGUAAUGGAUGAAAAUCUGGUGGAAAAACUGCACUUGGAGAGAUAUUCAAUGCCAAAACAUCACGUUAUCUGUGACAAUUUAAAAAGAAGAUGGGCCCUGAUUCGCUGGUCCACCAAGAUUUACCUCACAGGAAUUUCAAGAGGCGAGUUUACAAAAUCACAAGUAAAAUAUUUGAAUGAGAAAAAGGAUAAAAUCAACUCAAAAUUCAACAUAUUUCAGCAUUUAGUGUUCUCAAACACAAGGAUGUGACUCUGCUUCUUGAUUUACUGCCGGGCUUUUUGAAAGUCGUUUGGAUAUUCUUCUUCUUUUAGGCAACGAUUCACACAACCAUGUCAUUGAAAAAAAAGAUAAAUAUGCUAUUAAUGUUUUCUUAUCUUUGUGUUACUGAGUUCUUACGUUUUUAAAAUUUCAUGUGUAUGGCAACGUUAUUAAAAGAAUCAAAAGAU